CACCAGCAGUCGACUUGGUAACGUGUUCAAUGAAGUUGGAGUGCAGCGUGGAUUUCGGAUUUCCAACUUUAUUUCAAGUUUCAAAAAUCUGCUGGAGGCUCCAGAAGACCAGAACUGCCUCAAACGGCCUGGAACCGUUUUCAAUCGAUUUGGCAAGUCGAAAAUAUAUAGUAUAGGUAUCCCAAAUUUCAGCUUUCUAGUUUCUAGGUCGAUUUGGUAGAAAUUUGACUUUUUUUCUCAUUUUUUUAGAUUUUCAAAACUUCUCCAAAAUCGAAAAGUGCACUAUAGUCUUAAAUUAUAGACGAUGAUAUUCCGUAUCCAUUGAUGUUCUAAAUUUACAAUUUAGCAUCAAUGGAUAUGGAAUUUCAUCGUUAUAAUAAAAGUUCACCCGAAUCCGGAAUCCAAAAUUGCACUAUUUAAUUCGGCGUUAACAUCUCGUGGCGGCGCCACCAUCGACUUGCUGAAAGGGGGACUUUUUGCAGAGAAUCGCAUUCAUUCGCAUCUCGACAAGUCGUGUGUGCGCGUGUGUAAGCGUGCGUGAGUAUGGAAAUGUCCCCCUUUCAGCAUGAUAACAUGUGUUUCAUGCAUUUCACCGCCAGAGUGCAACACAUGUUCGUUGACGCCGAAUUCUUCUGUCUUCUCCUUCCUCCUUCACCACUUUUCGAGCCCGCCUACACUAGCUCCAUCUACAAUGCAUUGACGAGCAACUGGUGCGGUGCGGUGGUGGCUCGUCGGACACAUGAUGCCGUGAUAAGAACUGAUAAGAAAUGGUCUCCUUCUGGCUAGUACGAAAGUUGCACGCGAAAAACAGUGUAACCACAUUACGGCACUGCUUUACGAGCAUCCUUUCGCGUAUUUUAUUUCGAUUUAAAAUUUUUUUCAUUGCAAUUUUUGUAUUUUGGUAAAAUAGCUGUUUUCAGUGUUGGGGGGCGUUGUGUCCGCUCACCUCGGCUUCGCCUCGGUUGCGCGGGUCGCUUUGUUGUUCAUACUAUGUCUGUUAACUUCCCUCGGCCUUCGGCCUCGGUGAGUACAGUUUUUUUAUAAACAACCGCAAGUGCUACAUACACGGUAAAUGUCCAGCCUCCGUCUGAACUCACCAAGGGGAGUAAUGCUCAUCGAGUGAAAUAUAAAUUUUAAACGGCUCGGCUUCGCCUCGCCUAAUGCGCACACUAUCCAAAAAAAACAGUAUUCGUGACGAAAAAGAAGGAAAAAAUAAAAUAAAUUCACAUGAUCGUUCAAUAAUCAAUUUGAAAAAAAUUUGAAUCGAAAAAAAAUUUUACAAAAUUUCCGGAUCCGGCGGGGAUCGAUCUCCAGACCUUCCGCAUCGUAACCCGUUUCUUUCACCACUCAGCCACGGACGCUGCUUGCCGAACAGCGUUUUCGUUCGGUAUACAAGCUGGCAAACAGCGACGAAAACUACCCCCCCACGCGCGCGUAUACAUGUACGCGUACGCGCUCGCAUACGGCAUACUGUUUUUCGCGUGCAACUUUCGUACUAGCCUCCUGCUGCGAUUUUAUUCUGUUACUGUUUCAAUGUAAAUAUAAUCGUCAUGUUUUACGAAAUAUAAUAACGAGUUUUAAUGAUGCUUAAAAGUUAAAAUGAAAGAAGAAUCGUCUUCGAUGGAGGAAUGCGACGCGACGAGUGAUGAUCCCAUUGAGCUCGGCGAAAGCAGUGCAGUCGACAUAGAAGUACUUGCUUCAAAAAUCAGAUCGUAUUUGAAGAUAGACACCGUUGAAUUUCCUGCUUCUUUACUGGAUGAAUGGAAAGAAAUAUCUCCAAUGGUUCCGAAACUUACUCAAUCUCUGUACGCUGACGAAGAAAUGUAUUUAGACACGUUAAUCGACAUGGUUGAUACAUUGCGUUAUGAGGUCUGGCGACAAUUUGAUUUAAAAGGGAUGAUUGGUUGGUCCUACAGUCAGUGGCUGCCUGUUUGCUUGAGCAGUUACGUUAGUUUGAAAGUUAUAGACGAGGUAUUUCUAAAAAACCAAGUAUUCUUUUCGUUAUUUGAAUUGUGGCCGUAUUCUGAGAAACACUUUCAAAAAUUACUUCGUUCCUCACCGGAGAGUCCUGAGCAGAUUUCUAUUUUAAAAGGAAUUUUAAUCAUUCACAUGCUGGAUGAUUACUUUGAUGGUGAAGUACGAGAAGAAAUCAUAAAAAUCAUGCGAGAGAAGUAUUCGAAGGACAGUUCGGAAAAACUGUGGAAGAAUUUAAGUAAGGAAGGAUUUAAUGUAGCUGAAUUCGUCGAUUCAUAUAAAGUCUUGGGUACAGACUUACCCAUCAUAUCGGCUCAUGUACGAGAGAAUGCCGAUAUCACCUUCGAGAACGAUGCCAGUUCCAGGUUCCCUAAAUUCCCCGUUACUGUCUCUACGAUGUCAGAACGUGGAAGCAAAGUAGAAAAAAUUAUGAUCGAAGAAGAACUGACUAUAUAUCAAUUUAAGGAGAAGGGAGCGACGUGGAUUAAAGUCAACAGUUCCAAUGCGGGAUUAUAUGCUUUGAACUUUAAAGGAGAUCUGAAGAAUAUUUGUUCGUUACCAAUUUCCAAGCUCGAAAAAUUGAAUUUUGUCGACAGAGCCAGCUUGUUGCUCAAUCUCGAUUUCUCGACUAAAGAUGGUCUAAAGCUUGCUAUGGAGUGCUUUGGAUUUUUAAAAACCGAAAAAGAUAUAACACCUUUGGCUACAGCGUAUAGAAAAUUUCUGUAUAUAAAUCGGUUCUUGUACGGAACUCAUAGCCACAAACUAUUUUUAGUCCAUAUCAAAUCGUUAUUCAAUGUAGAGGGAGAUAUCUUCGAUGAUGAAUUAAAUAAGGACGAUGCGAAGCGGGCGUUUCAUUGCAUGAUGUUCCAUAUCGGAUGUCUCGUGGGAUCAGAACUAUGCCUGGAGAAGGCAAAACAGAUACUCCAGACUUGGCUAGAAGAUGAUACUUCUAUACCUGUAGAAUUUCUUAAUUGUGCGGUCAUUUACGGAGCUAAAGGCAGUACAGUUUCCGGUGAAAAGAUACUAGAAAAAUACCUCAACGAAAAGGACGAUUCGAAAAAAAGGUUAUUGGCCCGUGCUCUAGGCUCUUUGGAGAAGGCAGAUUUAGAAAAGUGCUUUACCAAAAUGAUCUUGCCGGGAAAAAUGCCUCCUGACCAUGUGAUGAUUUUUUUUCGCGAGUGUGCGAGAGUCACUUCUUUUCAUCCUGCCUGGAAAUUUUUGAUAACAUCGCGUGAAAGUCUUGUAAAACAGUUGGAAACGGAUAUAUUCAUGUCGAUUAUUGGAGAAUUCGUACCGUCUAUGUAUCUGGAUGAACAUUUUGCCGAGCUUGACGACUUGCUGAAUAUUUCAAAAUACGAAGAAAAAAGAUGUUUAAUUGAAACUGCGAAGAAGAAAAAAGCAUUCAUCUCAGAAGAUAAAGAGAAAUACGAAGAAGAGUUGGAGUAUGUCGUUGCAAAACGUGCGAAAUUGGACGAUCCCGCCAUUCUGGGCAGACUUCCCAAUCUAGAAGUAUCGCAGUUCGAACAAACGACUUUAUGGGAAACGCUGACAUUCGUUAGAGACCAUUUGGAUGUAACAACUGUUUCUCGUAUUAACGCUUGGGAAAUCAUAAGAACGUUUGAUAAACUCUGCUGUCGAAGACUAUGCAUUGUUAGACCUCCUUGUUGGGGUAAAACAACCACAUUGCAUAUUUUACAAUUAUAUUACUCGAAAGUUUUCAACAAGAAAACAUUUGAGGAAGUGAACGACGAUAUUCCGAUAGAUAUUUUCAAAGGUCGUGUAAGUUUUUCAUUUGGCGAAAAACAAUUCGCAUUCUUUCGAAGCGCCGAAGACGACGAGACCAAAUACGAAAAAAGUAAGAAAUCGUAUGUGUGUUUUCGUCUGGACUUUUCCGUCAUCGUAAGCAGUACACUUUCCGGAAUCAAAAAAGAAAUCACCCACGCAGUUCAUAAAACGUUAGACGCUUACGAAUUUUUAUUGUCUGAACACGUUUCUUGUACUAACACCGAUAACCCCCUCAAUAUACUAGCGGAUGCCUUAAUAUACCUGAAGGAUAAGGAAGAAUUGGGAUCGGCUAAACGACUUCUUUUUAUCGACGAAAUAGAUUUGCCUCUUCUCAAAUGUCGAAACGACGAAGACAGAGAACGUAUCAUAAAUUGGCUGUUUAUUUCCACGAAACGUCUCGUUGGGUUUGGUUAUCGAAUUAUUUCCUGCGGAGUAUUUCCUGAAUAUUGUAAAAUCGCGAUAGGCGAUAAAUUCGCUAAAGUCUGUAGACUCGAUGACGAAAAUAUGUUAAAACCAGUAUUCGGAUUGAAUUGCGUCGAGGUAAUGAACUCGAACAGCGAAGACGCUAAAUUAGCGGAAUUUUCCGGCGGUUAUACCUAUCCUGGGACGAAGCAGUUUUCGCUUUAUUGUAUGCAUUUACGGGAAAACAACGAGUCUGCGUUCGAAGAAUUUCGGUUGAGAUCCACAUCGUACUCCUUUAUUUCGGAAAGAUUUGGCGAAUCUGGUCACCUUUACAAUCUUUUGACGAAGCUCCUGGACAACGGUUAUGUUUUCGCGCCAAAAGAAGGACCGUCGUGGAAUCGAGAUUCACUGGAUUUAUUAUACCACAGUGGCUUUGUUGUGAAGACGUGUGCCGGAAAUUUAUCCCUUGAAGUGUGGCGCAAUGUAAAAAACGAUCGUGAAAAUCAACCCGACCCGACGCAGUUGGUGUAUUAUACAUUCCCCAACGAAAUAAUGAAAAAUUCUCUGAGGAAUUUUCUUUGCUUACGAGGUGAACGUGAAUUCCUAGAAAGGGAUGGUGCGCCUGGCAUUACAUACAACAAUGAUACAGGAAUUUGUGAUAGGAUCUAAAUUGAAAGAGGAUUUCUUUGUCCAGCAUCAAGUACAAAGCAAAGUCUGUGGCACAUUUUGGAAUAUAAAAGUCUGUUAUCGGGAAUCAAGUCUUCGUUUGGUACUGGCUACACUAUCUUCGCGAUUGGAUGCAGACUCGGACUGUAAUUGAGGAGCUCUUGAAGAACUCGAUGAUUGUGUGUCUUACCAGUCCCUAAUCCAGUUGAUCCCAUCCGCAACCCAACCUGGGUAUAGCCAGCUUUUUAAUUUCCAGUUCUGCGCAUUUUACAACUAGAUUUUUUGAAGUAAUUAAAAAAUCUCUCUUGGUAAUAAUCGCAUGCGCAUUUCACGUAUACGGCCACUGGGUUAAAAAAGGAGAAGGACAGAAUCAAGCCGCAUUAUUUGAGAAUGUGCCAAAAGUGGAACUUCGACAUUUAUACAUGAGUAAUAUUUCAUUUUCACCCGUAUCAUAGCCUUAAUAUACCUACCCAAUUCCCUAGUCCUGCGUCAACUACCAUAAUCCAUCGCUGCUGCCACGAGAUGUGUAUUUUAUUCCUCAUCAUCGAACGAAAUACUCGUCCAUGGGGGUUUGUGAUUGAAUUGGCUACACUACAGAGCAGAUAUCGAACGUCCCUGAUUCCAUCCACUGGCCAGAUUCAGCGAUAUCAGCUCUCGUUACUUUUAGCGUAAAAGCUUACUACCUUAGGAUCUAGUACUUGUGUUCAAUGAUAAACUAAUUGUGUAAAUUGUUUUUGUUUCUCUCUCUCUCUCUCUUUUUUUUUUGACUAAAUAAUAUUUUAAGUUGAUGGUAGAGAACUUCUGCAGUAAGUAGGGUGGAAUUAGGUUCCUGUUUUAGUCAUUAUUUCUGGUUAUCACUGCUUCUGAUGGAGGAUUAUUUGAUUAUUGGCGGUAAAAAUGUUACGUGAUUUGUUUUCCUCGUAUGGUAAUGAUGAAUUUGGGGAGGGAGGGGGGGGGGGUGUAUCGAUUCCUUCGAAUAAUGUUGAAAAUUCGAUGAAAAUUAUUAAUAUUACAUAAAUUUAAAACCUAAACGAUUUGUUCCAAGUUUAAGGCCUUUCAAUUUUUCGUGAUUGAAAAUGAUGAUUUAUUGUACUUACCUAGAUCAAUUUUGAUUUUUGAACUUGUGAGAUGAGUAUUCCAAAGGACCAUUUAUGUAUUGAUUAAUAAUCAUUCACAAAGAAGCAAUAAUUGAUUCGUAUGAUAAUAAUGUCUCCAUAAAUUCCUUCGAGGAGCGUUGAAAAUUUAGCAAAUCAUAAAUAUGUAUCAAUAUUUAAUCAAAAAUUGAUACACUAAUCUAAAUGCAUUCUUUGGGAAUUAUUUUUUACUUUAUUUGAAUUGUGGCCUUAUUCUGAGAAAUGCUUUCAAAAAUUACUUCCUUCCUCAUCAAAGGAUCCUUCUGAGCAGACUAAUUCUAUUUUAAAAGGGAAUUUUAAUCGUUCACAUGCUGGAUGAUUACUUUAGUGAAAAAGUACGAGAAGGAAUUAUAAAAAUUAUACAAGAGUAUUCGAUUGACGGUUUGGAAAAAUUGUGGAACAUUUUGAGUGAGGAUGGAUUUGAUGUUGUUGAACUUGCCAAUUCGUAUAAGUUGAAGUGAUAUUGGUAUUCAUUUGCACAUGAGUCGAUAUGAUGGGGAAGUCUGCACCCAACACCUAAGGUAUUGGGUGCAGACUUCCCCGUGAUAUCGACUCAUGUACAAAAGAAUACCGAUAUCAGCUUUGGGAAUGAUGCCAGGUAAACUUGUAAGUAAUUUGAGUAUUUUCAACAAAAUAUUUGUAUUUUGCAUAAUGUGCGAAAAAUGACUACAACUAUGUAUAAUAAUACUAGAAUUGAUUUACACUUGGAAUCUAUUUUGUUUAGUUGUUUAAUGAUACCUACUUAGUUGAUAGUACCUAUUUUGAUUUUUGAAUUUGUGCAAUGAGUAUUCCAAAGGAUCAUUUAUUCAUUGGUUAAUAAUCAUUCACGGAGAAGCAAUGAUUGAUUCAUAUGAUUAAUGGCUCCAUCGAUUCCUUCGAGGAACGUUGAAAAUUUAGCGAAUCAUAAAUAGGUAUUAAUACCUAGACCUACCUAAAAGAUUUACUUUGAAGUUUGAGUGUAGGUCUUUCAUUUUUCGCAAAUAAAAAUAAUAAAUCAUCCUAUCAUCGUGGGUAAAUUUUGAUCUUUGAUUUUGUGUGAUGAAUAAUCCAUCGUUGAAUUGAUGUACGGUUGAAAUCAUUCACGAGUAAGCGAUUCACUCAUACAAUUAUAAAUAAUUAGGCAUGGCAGAUAGAAAAAUUAAAGAAUUGCAGCUUGUUGCAAUCUUGAACGUUUACCUACUUUUAUAACUUUUUAGAAGAUUUUUUUUUAGUAUAAAAUAAUAAUUUCAUUGUUACCAUUGAAAUGAUUUCGUAACAUUUAAGCUCAAUUUCAAAGAAGAAAAUACAUUGUGAUUAUGACUUCUGA